UGUGAAUAUAAUUCUAAAUAAAAUGGCAUCCAUGAAACAUAAAGUUGAAGAGUUAUGAGACGAUAUCGAUAAUUAUCUCUUUCGCUUGAAAGAAAACAAAAAACAACGCAAAAUUGACUUGAUGCGAGCGAACCAGGCUGUCAAAAUGAAGCAAGUCAUGCUCAUGGCAAAGUCUAGUAAUGAUCUAGACUUUAAUCCUGAAAAAUCACUCCGAAUGUCUCCUGCUGGCAAUACUAAAUAAAUACAACAACCUCAGACUCAAGGUUGAUGCUUUAAAAACAAAGCUUACCAAAAACAAACACCACGAAUACUGACUCCUUGAAGACGAACUCAAAACAAAACAAAAACUGAUUAAAAACCACGAGGAAGACCUCAGAAAACUAUCUAAAAACCUUGCCAUACCGGAACGCUCUAUUUCUACCCUGCCAAACUCUGUAAGGAAUGUGUAUGAUGGAGGAGCCAGGAGGGAUGUAUUUAAUGCAAUAAAAGAAGCGAAAGAAGCAUUUUUUAAGUUACGAUUUGAUACUAGAGAGCAGGAAAAACUUCAACUUCAUAAGCAUCAAGAAAUUGUUGACUUGUCUGAACGAAUCAAGUUUUGGGAGGACAAAGUUAAACAAAAGCAAAGUGAAAUAAAACAUUGCUCAAUCCUAAAUAUCACAAACCUCAGAAGUAGUUCUGAGAACAAAAACUUGUCUAAAAGUUUUGAAAUUCCUCAGAACUCUUCUUUGAGAGCCCAGAGUAAGCAGCUUCAUGAAGGAAACAGAGAACUCAAAUAUUGGAGAUACAAAAGAGCCAAAAUUCGCAAGAGUAUUGAAUCCCAUAAAUGCAACAAAGCCGGCCAGUCACGCAUGGACAUGAGAAUCAAUAUUGUGAGCAACAAGAUUAAUGAGCUUGAAAGACAGUUGUAUGAGACCCCUAGGAAUUGUGAAGUCUAUCCUAUCACUACUCAUCACAGUGAUUAUAGAGGCUUAAAAAAUGGCAUAAGCUAAAUUGUAUAAACAGUAAUCGCAGUUAUUUAUGAAUUACAGAAAAUAUCCUCCUAGAUUUUUAACACAAAAAAUCUGAAAUGUACUUGAUAGUUGAAGCUCAUAGUAAACCUUUGGAAUAAGAGUUGAGUAAUAUUUACCUCAAAGUGAAUCAGAGUCUUUUUACUCUUCGCCAGCUAUGUCUUGAGCUUUUAUUACAGUGAUCUCUGAAGGCACCAAAAGGAGCUUAGGCAGAAGUAAAGAGUGGACAAAUAGAUUUGUAAGAAUCUCAAAUCCUCCAAGUACGAAUUCAUAUUCCAAAUUCACAACAUCCAACAGCAUAAACUCUAAACCUAAGGCCAGUCCUAAGAUCAGCCUGAGCACAAGUUGGGGUCCCAAAAUCCUAAAGUACAUCCCAAUCACACAACGGAUUAAAAAAGUUAAGAUUAUGAAACA